AUGCCCCUCUCGAUGAAAUUUAGCCCGCUGGGAAGAAUUUUGAGCACGCUACGCCAUUGGAUGAAGCUGCGUGGGAUUGACAACCCGGACUCGGCUCAGGUUACUCGGGCAUCACCAGUCCUUCCAACAAGAGGCGGCAGCGAUGCCGGCUCAUUUAUAGCCCCAUCUCAAGACGCAUAUUCCAGUGGAAAGAACGACUCGCCGCUUGAGCUGCCAUCAUCCCCAGCUUUCCCAUCACAUUCUCCCAACCUCCGCGAUGCCCCUGGAAGCUUUUUGCCAUUGAUGUACGACAACAAGGCCUUUUCACCUGCCAUGUCACAUGCACCUCAAGCGCAUGUGAUGCCUGUGCACCCCGGGGCUACCACCCUUGUCGUUUCGAUCGUCGCCGGAAGUCUGGGUCUUGUUGGAAUUCGUCUGAUUCUCCCCAUAUUGGCUUGGAAGAAGAACGGAUGCUUUCCCGGACUUUCAUCUUGGAAACGCAAGCAUAGAGGCACUACCUAUGAUGAAUUUAUGGAGGAGAAGAGUUUUUGGGUUGCUGACAAACAACCCAAGAUCCAUCGUGAAAGCAAACCAAACCCCGAGCGCACAGUCACUACUGUUAAUCAGAAGUCAAACAGCUUCUGUUCCGCUAGUGAGGAUGGUCGAAGCGGCCACCCGGUGUCUCGCAGCCCAUCUCAAGCUUCUUCUAUUCCACCAAAUUAA